GGCUUGGCAGCGGGAGGUCGGGCUUGGCUGGCGGCUGCAACCUCAGGCAUCCAAAUUUUCGGCAGGUUGCGCGACGGAGCUUCUCAACUUUGCGUCGUUUUCCAAACCGUCGAAUCCUCCACGCCGGUCCCAUCACCACCAAGCUCCGAAAACACCCCGCCAGGACUUCCAACCGCCUCAGUCACAAUGGGUGGUCAAUACUACAACCUUUUCGGCCAGAAGGUCGCCUCCCAAUACCUUGCCAUGGGUGUUCUUGGCUCCCUCUUCGGCGGUGUCUACCUCGCUUCCGGCGGCAGCAGCAAGACCCCUGCUACUCCCCCCAUCAACGCUUCCAGCUCCGAUGAGGCCGACUUCAUCAAGUACGGAACCUCCGACUCUCAUUCAUCCUUCGCCCCUCCACCCGCACCAGCGCCCACGUCUUAUUCGCCAUCGUCAUCACGCAUCAUCAUAGUACCCUCGAUCGCUAACACCCCGAUAGGAAGUUCCUCGAGACCUCCGAGUCCACCGAGAAGCAGGCUCCCGCUGCUGCCCCCGCCAAGCACUAAAGUGCCCGAAAACGACAGUUAUGAUGAUCGAAACGGACACGAGGCGUUGCGGACUGGACUUGUCCUGUGUACAUAUAUAGCGACUGGUUAAUGGAAAGUUAUCGCCUGGGAGAAUCACGUCAUGGCUCCGACAUCGUUACGCAUCGUUACCCGCCACGGAUAUCAUCACCAACACCCGAAUCCCCUUCUUUGUCGGAGAGGUUGAGAGAAAGAUGGACACGAAGCUGGGGCUGGUACUUGGGGGUUGUCGGGCGGCUUGGUUGGAGCCUUUUGUCAACCCCCUCUUAUAAAAGAGGGAAAAAAUAUUCUGGGACAAACUUUUAAUCUGGGACAAUCUGAAAUGUUAGGCUGCACCAUGGAAAACUGUUAGUGGGCACGAUACAGCAAUGACAACCACAUCCACCAUUUUUCUAAAAUUCUGGCAAAAUUCGGGAAGUAAGAAAAGGGUAUAAGAAAGGCUCCCUCAAAGUUGCAAAAAAUCAUCUUCUAAAUUGGGCGAACGGUAGCUUUUGGACUUUGCGUCGACACCAAACAUCGUCAUUUUUGGUCGCGCGAAAGCAU